UCAGGAUGUCAUCCCGUGGGCGUGGCAGACCCAAACAGGAUUCCAAACGCUCAAAUGACGGCCAGCAGCUACUAUAGUACAGGAUAUUAUCCAUACUACGGUCGACUUAAUGAGGCGCGAGGUUUUGGAGGAUGGUGUCCAACAACCCGACAAGGUCCCAGAACAGAUUAUCUUCAAGUUGACCUGGGUACUGUACAUUCUGUAUGUGCUGUAGCAACACAAGGAGCAAGCAACAUUGACGAACGCACCACAAGCUACAUUUUGCGAAUUUCUAAUAAUGGAGUCACUUGGAACACAUACAAAGAGGACAAUGCCGAGAAGGUGAGAUAAUGUUAAAACUAUCUAUGUAGUCGACUCUCUCUACAACGAUCAACUUAGGAUAUAAAGAGGUCAGGCCGUCGUGGAGGUAGAGGUAUAUGCCGUCCCACCAAUCAAUGGACGAUGUAUAAUUCUAUAAAUGCUGAUCACAGAGUAUGAAUAAAUUCUCAGUAAAUUAAGUUUUUGAAAUCAUCAGAACUAUAUAAUUUUAAAAGUAGGUUGAGUUUGAUCGUCCGGGUGAACGUAGUCCUGAAUAGUACUGUUGUUGUUGACAGUGACCGACGUUUCGACGACCUGUGCGGUAGUCAUCUUCAGAGUCAAAGUGAGUUGCAUCAAGUCAUUUGAUGGUAUUAUACUCUGGUAUAACGUCAGUCACUGUCAAUAACAACAGUCCUAUUCAGGACUACGUUCACUCGGACGAUCAAACUCAACCUCCUUUUGAAAUGACUCUUGGGUUCAAACCUUUCACAGUUUUAUAUAAUUUUAUUUUCAAAAUGCAGGUUUUCCAAGGAAACACAGAUCGACAUACGAUUGUCCUGCACGCUCUUUCUCCUGCCGUGAAAGCCAGAUUUGUUAGGUUUUAUUACGUCAGUUACCACAACUGGCCUGCAAUAAGAGUUGAAAUAUACAAAUAUGCUUAG